AUGGGAUUGUUAAGUUCAAGCAAAAGAGACAUAGCUGUUAGUUUUGCUUAUAGUAUACCUGAAUAUAGAUGUUUCGGACCAUUCGAUCCAAAUGUCAAAGGUACAGUGGAGGUGAAGUUUCUUCGCAAAGUCAAGAAAAUACUCAACAUAAGAGUUGGUCUUUCUGGUACUGUUGAUGGUACCUUUAUUCAUGCCUAUAAGACAGACGCCAAUUCUGACUACGGUAGCGGCAAUACUAAAAGAGAAACUUUCAAGGAUUCGACGAUGUUAUUUGAUAUUGGUAAAUAUCUAUCUGGACACGACAGCUCUGAGUCAACUAUCGCGGGCGAUUUCGAGACAGGAGCAGUCAUAAAGAAUGAGUUUGAUUUCAGAUUUCCUUUUGAAGGAACUUACCUUCCUUCCAGUUGCGUCAAUAUCGGUGGAAGUAAUGAUAAUCAGGGUAUUGUCUCUGUUAUCUACAAGCUUUAUGUCACGGUGACUCAUAGAAAAGAGUACCGGAAGAUGAAUUAUGUUCAAGAAUUUCCGGAGGUUGUCGCCUAUCAGGCUGACUCCAUGCUUCCUGUUACAGGAUCCGUGACUUAUAAGGAAUAUAAUAUCUGCAACAUCUUCCGUGCCAAGGUUAAGAAGUUUGUGUUUGAUCCUAGGCUAAAUAUGCUCGUGCCAAGUUCUCUGGAGAAAGCCCAUCGACGUACCAGAAUCAUACGAAGUAUCUGGAACGAUAAUUAUCGUAAAGACAUUUAUUCAAGUCUUACGAAAGACAUCAGCAUUUUUUGUGUCCUACAUAUCCCCGAUGCCAUCAACAUUAUGCAUACAUUCAAUCAAAUUAUAAAGCUCAAGAUAAGAGUCAAAUUGGAUGUUCCGAUGGAGCCUAAUUUUUGUUUCAAUAAUCAGAGCACCGGCCUUGGAGUAUUCGAUAUUGAACAGAUUGGGCUGUAUCAAAUUUACGAUGUUAACAUGAAAAUUCAACAGUACACGGAUUCACACCGUGAUAAAUUACCUCUGAUGUUGAUGACCUUCAAGCCGGGAACUCUUAGAUUUGAUAUUAAAGACUUUAUUCACAAUGGAACACUCGAUGUUUGGGAACAUGAGAUCUCUUUGGACUCGUUUUCAAGAGCAACUGCUUCGCCUGUCCUUUAUAAUUUUCCCAUUCCAACCAUGAUGUAUGGAUCUGUCGGAGAUCAUUUUAAAUGUGCAUCCACUGCAGAAUUUGAGGUAGUGAUAGGAAAUGCGAACGAGCGUGAACCUAAAAGAAAGACGUUCACUGCCUUAACUCAUUCUAUGUUUCACAUGGGAUACCAACUUGCUCAUCACAAUGCUGUGGAGGUCGAACCAGUUCAUAAUAUAGAGGAGCCUCCCCCUUCUUAUUUCAAGCAUGACUUCACUGAUUUAUCUGGUGAGGUAGCAACUUCAUCAGGCCCAGCCAGUGUUCCUUCUAGGGAUUAUCCUAAAUAG